UUGUGCACAGUGCAUGUCCAAUACUACGAGAUUCAGUAUAUCGACAAAUGCAGUCGAGCGGUAUCGUAUUUGAUGUCACUAGUGCACUAUACACAAAGACAUGAACGAUUCAGGUGAAGAAGGUAAAACUCUGUAUAAUGCAUUCUUCUCUGUGCGGAGUUGGUGUGUGGAUACACUCACCAUGCGGACUUCCGUGUUCUUCAUCGUUCUAUGUGCCAUUACUUUGAGUUACGCAUUCCCGACACCGCAAGAUGAUGCGUCACGAGGGAGUCUGGCAGUGGGCGUGCAGCGGGCGAAGGGCGGCGGCACGGCGCUGGACGCCAGCGGCACGGCCAACGUGUGGCGCAGCCGCGACGGCAGCUCCAGCCUGGACGUCGGCGCGUCGUGGCGGCGCGUCUUCCACGGGCCCGGCGCCGGCAGGCCCAGCUACUACGCGGGCCUCACCUUCAAGCACACGUGGUAGCCAAAGUCUGGCAGUCACUUCCAGCACCGGUGUUCAGCACCGUCCGUUUUCCUUCCGAAACGGAACGCCUGUUGUCAGGCCGACGGUCUCUCUGAACGCCAGAUUAUUAGGCACAGUUAAUCUUCUGUAUCUGUUGUUGUAAU